GUCAAAACAAAAAGGAAACGCAUAAAAUAGGAGGACAAAAGCGAAAUAGAAAAAAAAUACUUGUAGAUACUAAUGGCAACAACCCAGUAAAAGCGAAAUAGAUACUGGUGGGAAAAAGAGAUUUGGCGGACAGGAUUAAUGAUCAUCGCUGACUUUUCUGGUUUUGGCUUCUGGGGAAGAGAGAUUUCAACUACUUGAGGAAGCGCAAAUCGGCGCUUUGCUUGCAAAUAGGGUUCUAAGUGAGUACUUGUAUAAACAAUAGUCAUAGAAUUGUGGGGGAAAGAAACCGGUCCAUCAAAAAGCACCCCACCAAUUUCUCUGAUUUCCAUUGGGAAAAGAACAAAAACCCAGCAGCAUUCAAAUAUUCACCCAGAUACAGAUAGCAUCAGCAGCAAGUUCUAAGAAAGCAUACUUUUUCUUCUCCGUCUCAGUUUUCACGGACUCUUUUUUCUCAUAAAAGUCCACCCCACGUGGAAGACAGUAGUAUACUAUCAUUGUGCUCUGGAAAUCGAGAAUCCCCUCUUCCUCUCAUUCCUUCCUGGGUCGGAGGAUUUCUUUCAAGGUUAUGAAGAAGAUGGCAACACAGUAAGCGGGUUGGAUUAAAUGGGGAAUUGCUUUGGAUCCCAAGUGCCUGAUCCUAGCCGUAUCAGCACUAUUACUCACCCCAGCAGUUCUUCUCUUAAACCUUCAACUCGGGAAACCUCGAGAAACAACAGCAAUGGAACAACUGAUUUUUCUGCAACAAGCAAUAGUGCUGGCCCGAGCCUCUUUUCAACAAUGGGGAGUGAUCAAGAAACACUUGUGAAUGGAGAGAUUUUGCCAACAUCGAAUCUGAAGAUUUACAGUUACACGGAUUUGAAGGCAGCCACUAGAAGCUUUAAGUCUGAUAUGGUGUUGGGGGUGGGUGGGUUUGGGACGGUUUUUAAAGGAUGGGUUGAUGAGAAGACGCUCAUGCCAUCUAAAAUAGGGAGUGGAAUCAUUGUUGCCAUCAAGAAGUUGAAUCAUGAAAGUAUGCAAGGGUUUGAGGAAUGGCAGUCAGAAGUAAACUUCUUGGGCAGGCUUUCACAUCCUAAUCUAGUGAAGCUACUUGGCUACUGUUUGGAAGAGAAAGAACUACUACUUGUCUAUGAAUUUAUGCAGAAGGGGAGUUUGGAAAACCACCUUUUCAGAAGAAAAACUGCAAUUGAGCCACUUUCUUGGGACUUGCGGCUCAAGAUUGCGAUAGGAGCAGCACGAGGCCUAGCAUUUCUGCAUGCUUCAGAAAAGCAAAUAAUUUAUAGGGACUUUAAGGCUUCCAACAUUCUUCUUGACAUGAACUACAAUGCGAAAAUAUCAGAUUUUGGCUUAGCCAAACUGGGGCCCUCUGGUGAGAACUCACACGUCACAACUCGAAUAAUGGGGACAUACGGUUAUGCUGCACCUGAAUACGUUGCAACAGGUCACCUAUAUGUUAAGAGCGACGUGUAUGGGUUUGGUGUGGUGUUGCUUGAGAUGUUGACAGGCCUACGAGCACUGGACAGUAGGCGAACUGGCGGGCAACAUAAUUUGGUAGAGUGGAAGAGACCCUUUCUGUCUCAGAGAAAGAAGCUGAAGUCUAUAAUGGACCCAAGAAUGGAUGGCCAGUAUUCCACAAAAGCCGCAUUUCAGGCUGCUCAGCUCACCCUGAGAUGCGUUGAACAUGAGCCUCGGAAGCGACCUUCAAUGGACGAAGUUGUUGGAAUUCUGGAAGAGAUUGAGGGUAUGAAGAUGAAGGGGAAUGUGAAACAGGCAAAAUCUGUGAGUUCUGAUUCAUCUCUUCGCCACAAGCACUCACCCCGAAAGUCAGGCCACAGUGGUGUUUAAGCCAAAGAGGUGGUGCCUUCAAUGUGUUCUGUUUCAUGAUUUUGUUGUCACUCUUGGGAGCCUGUUUUGUGAUGGUAAAAUUUGGAUGAAAUGACGGGGGUUGUUAAAAUUAUGGCUGGAUGGAGCGAAUUGUUCGAAACUGUAUUUAAAAUGUUUUUAAAAAGAACACAAUAUCUAAAAAAAUAACAACAGAAACUAAUUUCUGAACUUUUUUUGCUUGUUAUUGUCGCUCCAUUCAGCCAACUUAGUAAAAAACAUUAGCGGUGGGUAAGAAAAUUAGUCGUAAGCAGAGAAUAUUACUAGCUAAUAGGUAUUUGGAUGCUGAGACUUAUACAUAAUCAUUAUCUUUAGAGAGCUUAAGUUAUAAGUUCUAUUAAUUUGUAAAAUGUUGUAUUGGCUAUGGCUCUUCUCACCUAGGUAUUGUAUUUGUAUGGAAUGACUCAUGUGAAUCAUUUGUAUGUGUGGAAUGUAUAAUUCUUUCCAUCUAUGUCCAAAAGCAAGUUUCUUAGUAACAUAUUAACUCUGGAAAUUA